ACUUUAUAUGAGCUAAUAGUGGAGAAGUUUAAUAGUUAGCUGCCUUGGCAUGGGAGCCCAUCACAGUGUUUAGGGACAGAUGGAAUAGUUUAAGGCUCUGCUUUUCAGCUGGUGUGUAUGUGUGUGCUUUUUUUUUGAUUGAAUUGAUCUGCAUAAUGAUCGUAAAUAUUUUUUGCCACAAAAUCUUACUGUUGGGAAAAUUUGUAUGCAGUCCAGGAAUACACCUGAGUUAAAUAUAUAGUGUCUGGGUGUCGUAGGGCAGCAAGGUUGGAGAAAAUUCAGACUUUGGAUAUACUGAAUACUUGACCAGUGGACAAGCAAAGGAGAUUACGGCCCAUUAUACUUGUCCACAAGUGGAUCUAUGAAGUUUGGGAGCUGAUGAAAAAGUGUUACAACUUCAAAUACUCAAGGAGAUUUGUGAUAUCUAAAUUCUUACAACCCUAUCUUCUGUAGGUGAAGACAAGCACACGACAGGAUCAAAGUAGCUUUAGUUUAAAUCUCCGUGUUUUAAUACACUUUUCUGGAGCAUGGUGACCUCUGUGGAAAUAUGAAUAUAAGUUAAAUAUAGUUGUGGUCAGUUUUUUCUUUACCUGGGUUAAAAUUGAGACAGAGUGUUGCGACUAAAUUGGCGUGGAGAAUAAUAAUUUUUAUUACCGAGUGUUAUCAGGGAUCAAUUUGACUGCAAGUUGGAUUUAUAUUCAAGUUAAAUUGAAAAAAACAACUUGUUAUCACUGAGAUUUACCUUACAGGAAUUUUAACGUGUUAUCUGAGGAUAGUGUUUUCCUGGUGUUUACCUACAGAAAACAGGUGUUGGAUGUGAUCGGCGAAAGGAGACCAGGUUUGGUGUUGAAGGUAACACGGAGCUGACCGGAUGGUUUAGGACGAGGAUGCGGUAUUGGACACUAGUUUUGGAUUAUAUGUGUGUGUAAGACAUGUUCCUGGCGAACUCCGCUAUCCAGUAUGUGUGAGGUGGGGCAGUUUGGCCUGACCCUGUCCAGUCUAUUGGUACUGGUCAUCCUUUGUACCUCCUGGUCAGAUUCUGCCCACCACCAUGUCCAGUCCUUCCCCAGGGAAUUUGACUUCAGAUAUACUUCUUAUGAAGAACUGUCAAUCAUGCAGCAGGUAUUCCAUAUUUUCCACAAUGAUAACCUGGAAGGUUACGUCCAGCUGACUGUGGACAUUCCAAGGGACCAACUCCUAGUCGGAGCCAGGGGCAUGUUGUUUCGGAUGAGUCUGGAUAAUCUGACAGUUAUACAAUCCGUAGAGUGGAGAUCUACAGAAGAAACACGUAUGCUCUGUAACAACAAGGGAGUGGAUCCGAGUCAGUGCUAUAACUUUGUUCGGGUACUUCUGGUUCACGAGGACCAAGUGAUCACAUGUGGGACCAACUCAUACAAACCGAUCUGUACCUGGCGACAGCCUGAAGAUCUCAGUAACAUAACCCAAGAAGAAGGAGGCAUUGGAUUCUGUCCAUUUAAUCCAAACGAAAACUCAACAGCUCUGAUGACUACAGAUGGCAACUUUUACAGUUCAACACCAGCGGACAUCACCAGACGGGAGUCUCUUAUUUAUAGAAUCUACGGUGACCGUCCACAGCUUAGAACUUUGAAAAAUUCUAAAUGGCUCAACGAGCCUGAUUUUAUAAGCUCCUAUGAAAUAGGAGAUUUUGUUUACUUUUUCUUCCGAGAAGUUGCGGUAGAGUAUAUAAAUUGUGGUAAAAGAAUUUAUUCCAGAGUAGCCAGAGUCUGUAAGACGGAUCAGGGUGGAUAUGUGGUGCUGGAGAAUAAAUUUACCACGUACCAUAAGGCCCGGAUGAACUGUUCCCUGUCCGGAGACUACCCGUUCUAUUUUGAUGAAAUUCAGGCCACUUAUUUAUUAACAACGAGCAAUGAUGAUAAAUUCCUUUAUGCUAUUUUUACUACCCCAAUGAACAGCAUAGCAGGAUCAGCUAUUUGUACCUUUAAUAUGACGGCAUUCCACACGGCCCUGACAGGGCCUUAUAAAUACCAACAUAGUGACAGAUCUGUGUGGGAACCUUACGAAAAUCAAAACCCUUUAUCAGAGUGUCCAGUUGAUGAAACAACAAAUAAAAGGACGGCAGAUGAUAGUCUACUUAACAAAGCUGAACAACAGAUAAUGAAUGCCCAGGAGUUCCAGAUGAUGGACCUCGCUGUACAGCCCACCACUAUACAGCCUGCCCUGGUAGGGCAGAAUGAAAGGUGGACACAUGUGGUGGUGGACGAUGUGGAGGGGAAGCACCACUCGUACAAGGUCAUGUUCCUGGCCACAGACACUGGCAGCAUACGCAAAAUCACAACCAUCCCCGACAUCAAGGAUACCUGUCUUCUCGAAGAGAUCAAGGUGGUUCCUAAUGGCCACCACAAACCAGUGAAGUCACUAGAGAUAGACAGAAGGGUUGGAGCUAUCUUUGUUGUAACCCAUGGCAGCCUUAUCAGAAUUCCCCUUCACAGAUGUGAACGGUUUACAACAAGAGAUCUAUGCUUGAAUGCCAUGGAUCCAUACUGUGGUUGGAAUCAGGCGAUUGACCAGUGUACCACAGCCCCAGACGGGAUGCCUUCCCUCCACUACUGGGAACAGGCCAUGACUUCCUGCCCAGUCGUCGAACACCCAGUUGAUGGUUGGUGGUCUGUUUGGAGUGUCUGGUCAUCCUGCCAGCAAAUGGUGAAUGAUCCCUCAGCAGGCACCUGUCUCUGUCGUAUAAGGUCAUGUGACAAUCCUAAGCCCUUAUAUGGCGGAGCAGACUGUCCAGGGCAGAAUGUAGAGGUGCUCAACUGUACCAUGCAUGGUCAGUGGACAGACUGGACGGAGUGGUCAGUUUGUUCCAUCACCUGUGGGUUUAAUGGAACCAGGACACGCCAACGUUACUGUAGCAACCCACCACCUAAGUAUGGCGGUAAUCCCUGUGUAGGUUCUACCACUGACGAGGGGUACUGCCCUGGUAACCCGAGCUGUCCAGAGCCCCCAAUAGACGGGGACUGGGCCCAAUGGACAGAGUGGGCCGAGUGUUCCGCCAGGUGUAAUGGUGGAAUCCAGUCACGGCGCCGGGCGUGCAGCAGUCCCGAACCCCAGCGGGGUGGUUCCCCUUGCGAAGGAAACACAGAUGAGUGGAGGAUGUGCAAUACGUAUGUGUGUGAUGAGCUUCAGCGCAUGACACCGUGGAGCCCAUGGUUCCGUAUAAAUUCCACACAAACAGGGGCAUUUGAGGAACGAUUCCAAUUUACGUGUAUUGCAAAUGUGCCUGAUAUAAAGCAGAUAAAGGCUUCAUAUGCUAAAACUCACAUGCGAUACUGUGACUACAAUAGUGGGGACUGUUAUCGGCCAGAUGAUAUCCGAAAUUUAACCCAACACGGAGAAUGGUCGCCAUGGACUACCUUCACCAAGUGUACUGCAUACUGUGGGGGCGGUACCCAGCAACGUCACAGGUCAUGUGACAGUCCUCAGCCAUUCGGAUUUGGACAGGACUGCAUUGGAGAGGGGCGGGAAACCAGGACUUGCAACACGCAUUCGUGCGAGGGUGAGUGGAGUUGCUGGUCUGAAUACUCCGCGUGUUCCGUAAGUUGUGGGCGUGGCACGAGAGUAAAGGUACGGAAGUGUCAGAGUGAGGUACCAGGUACCACAUACACCUUACCAUGCCCAGGUACACACGAAAACGUCGUUCUGUGCUACAUGGACCCAUGUAAUGAUACAUAUGGCUGGGACGAAUGGUCACAGUGGACCUCGUGUAGUGAUGAAGGAAUUCGGUUCCGACAUCGAACGUGUCAUGUGAUUUAUCCAAAACCUGACCAAUGUCAAGGUGAACGAAUCGACUCCAUGUCCUGUCUUAACGGCGACCGUGAAGUGAAAGUCCAGUCGGUGAUCGACCGUUCAAGCAAUGAAGGACCAACUUACAAGAUCUUCCAUCUGAUAGUUGUCGGAUCCACGGCCUUUCUGUUUGGGAUAAUGUGUACUGUCGGCCUCUACUUGUGUGUGAAGAGCUGUCGCAGCUUCAGAAAACUGGAUCUCGAAAAAGAAAGAAGGAAAAAUGAAACCAAAAAUAACAAAAGUCGAAAAUCUUCUUUUGCAUCUCAAUUGAGUUUAGACUUCCUAACGGUAAAUAACAAGAUUUACGAUUGUAGUACAUUGCCGUUACCCAAAGAAAGAUACAUGAAAAGAGACAACUCAUUCAAGAAGACUAGUAGUCACACGAUGUUACGAACGGAUUUCUCUAACUUUGAGAUGUGAUCUGUUAUACUAAGUAAUGCUAUAUUCCACCCAUUCCAAUGGGCAGCUAAAUUCUACUUAACUGGUCAUUUUCUAGCAGUGAUAUUGCAAAUUGAUUGAAUUAUUUCUAUGUCCCUCCCUCAUAGAAUUCAUAGAGUUAUAUAUUAUAUACUCAUUGCAACUUAUGUAAGAAUACAAUGUAAACAGACUAUAAAGACAUCCCGGUUGUGUUCAAAUAUUUGGUAGUGCUUUGAGUUUUCAAUUGGAUUAUAUUUCAAUUUCUUAUACAAUUUGAAAUCAAUUGAACUUUAUCAACUUUUUAUACAAAUAACUAUAAAGACGUUUUAUGAAAAUUCGUCAACUCUGUUGCUGUCACGUUUACAUUUAUGGUAAUAUUUACAGUUUGUCAAUAGGGUUCGCUAUAUUAUAACUAAUGUACAGGGUCAAAGGUGUUUCCUUAUAAUUGGUGUUUUGACUUUGUUGAUCAGUAAUAUUGUCAUAUCCCGACUUUGUUGAGUGUCACCUAUGGUAAUAUGUAUUUCAGAUGAAAGUGUGCUAUCAAGGUAACACGUCCUUAUAUACUGUGAAUCACUUCUAUUUCGCGUGGGGAUGAUUUUCGCGUUAAUACGCGAGGAGAGUCGAUCGCGAAUUCAAAUCCUUCGCAAUCAAACACCUUUGCAUGGCUACUAAGCUUUCGGCUACCGAUAUAGGAGUCUUGUGGAGUCCAUGGCUCUAAUAGUUAGGCGUUCGCGAAAUCAUAUGUUCGCGAAUUUGUCUGAAGAAGUAAGUUUGCAAAAUAACAUUCUUGCGAAAUAUAAGAGAUUUACAGUAAACAGUCUCGUAUGUUAUGUUUUAUGGAUCAUGGAAAGCAGCGAUUUUUCCGCCGGGUCUUUCUCUCGAGCCUAGUGUCUUUAGGAAUUAAUUACUUUUUGUUUAUUUUAUUUAUUAUGAUAUAUAAAUGUUAGGAUAUAGAUUGUGUUAUCUUGUAUAAAGUUAACGGUCAGAGAGGAAAUAGAUAAAAAAAAAAUGAAGAAACAUUUUCAAAAUAAUGAAAUCAUUGUGUCUGAUGUGUUGAUUUUAAAGUCAUUAACACGCUUGCUCAAUCAUGAUAUGGUGUGGAGUUAGCAGGAGGUUAUAACAGGUGUUUGUGAUAUCGUGGUUUAUAAGUUGUAUUGAAUUCAUUUUCAUUCCACGAAUGUAUUCUCAUGAUUGGAUAAAUGGUGUACGUGUUGUGUGCGUGGUCAUGUUUACAGUGAAAAGGCCUGACUUGGAUAUGUACAUCAUGCGUAAUACUGAUGAAGUCGAGCAUUAUCAUAGAUGAGUAUUCGUUACUGUUAAUACGCAGGUUUUUGUUUUGGAUAUAAGCAAAAACUUAGACUUAUUGUCAUAUAAAACUAAGGGUUAUAACCACAAUUCUGGAGGGGAGGGUUCUAUGAAAACUGAUGUUGAGCGGAAACUAGUAAGGAAUGUAUGAAUGGAAGAAAACUGGUAAGGAAUGUAUGAAUGGAAGGAAACUAGUAAGGAAUGUAUGAAUGUGUCAUAUAUAACAUGAUAAAGGAUUUUGUUUAUAUCAAAAACGAAAAGCUGUGUGUAAUGAUAAGUCAGUCGUCGUAUCGUGCGGUAAACACCCGGAUGUCACCAGUCGAAUUGUCGGAAACGGAAAGUGAGGAAGGUUCCUGAAUGUUCUUUUUAUGAUUUAGUCAUUUGGAACAAAACAGUUACAGGUUUUUGGAUAAUGUGUAGUUGUAUUUUUAUCUCCAUAUACCGAGACUAAAAUAUGUCCAAUAUUACAUCAAUCGGAGAAAUAUUGUGAUGUAAACUCCCUGGUACGUUUGGUGCCACGUGUCGUGUACAACAAAUACACAAUUGUAUCGCCAGCGGUUAUGGAAUAUUGUUGUUAAUUACGAUUGAUAAGAUAUGUUAUAUACCUAACGUUAGUGAAGGAAGUAUUUGGUAUCAUGAUUAUGUUAUUUAAAGAAAAACAUUGAAAUGUUUGUAUAUAUUGUUAUUAUUAGGUUAUUUAUACUUUGUACAUAAUAAUUUCACGUUACUGAUGAAAAACAUACAUUAUCUGCAUAUAUUUAUAAAUGACUUUAUAUAUCACUAAAUUAGAAAGGCAUUUUACAAUUUUAUAUAACUGUCCUUCUCACGUCACCAAUAUGGUAUAUUAAUCAUGGAUCAUUAAAAUUAUCAUAAUGUUGCCAGAAAUAAAAUAGCUAUUCUAGAUUUAAUGAUCUGUAUGGAAUUCAUUAGAAGUCUAGUUAUAAAAUAAUACAUUUGUAUUUCUGAACCUACUGUACAUACGU